AUGAAGUCCCCCGUCUUCAUCCUCACUGCUCUUCUUCCCUUGGCUACGCAGGUAGCCUUGGCCAAUCCAAUUGCCGACGCUGACUCUUCUCUGGAAGAACGAGGCGGAGGAGGAGGCAACUGGAACGGCGGAGGCAAGAACUGGGGAGGUGAUCAUCAGCGCCCCCAGGAUUGGUGCAAGGUGAAGAAGACCUAUUGGUAUCACAAGUAUCCUUGUGAUGAAAGUGGCACAGUUGGCAAGUCCAAUGUCGGCGACACCUUUGCACCCGUCUGCAAGUACCAGAAUUGGUACAAGAAUUCGAAGGGUUGGUGGGUCAAGGAGGACAACAAGCCGUAUCGCUGCGUGGGAGAGAAAAUGAUCUCUGCUGAUCUUGAAAACUAA